UAUGGGACCUAGUAAACAUAGGUGUCGCUUCCCUCGUGUGGAACCGCUAUACUCUUUGUAAAGCGCCUCACUUCAUUUGAACAGAGAACGGUCUGGGACUUAUUGACAUUUUAACUGAAAAAGUACCCCCAGGAAAUGGAGUUUGUUUGAUAACAAUUUUGCAUCUUUACCAUAUUGGAUCUGGAUAAAGGAUUUAUUGGUCAAGUUGAGACGCUGACCUUCUAAUAUUUGGUCUGAAACUUCUAAGCCAUUCUCAAGUUGAUAUCUGAGCUUCUUGAUCACGAUGUCAUCUGACGACGAGCAGGUGUUCCCAAAUGUUAAUGGCGACCCCGAGACACCUCCGACAGCUGUCUCCAGGCCGAGCAAAGCAGCAGCUCAUCCUAAAUACUACGACAUGUUGGUAGAAGCUAUCAAGGCACUCGACGAGAAGAAAGGUGCUUCUGUGAUUGCCAUCAAGCACUGGAUCAUCCAGACCUAUCCUGAGCUCGAGCAGAGCAAUAAGAAUUUACUUCGAAUGGCUAUCAAACGUGGAGUCGACUCGGGAGCCAUUGUCCGACCCAAGAAAUCCGAAGCGAUGGGCGCCGCAUUGACAGGGCGAUACAAGCUUGGUAAGCCACCUAAGCCAGCAAAGAAAGCAGCUGAGAAGAAGAAGAAGGUGGAGAAGAAGAAAGCAGCAGCAGUGGGGAAGAAGAAGAUUGCCAAAUCUCCCACAGCUAAGAAAGAUCGAAAGGAGAGCGAUCACGACAUCUGAUAUGAAGAUGAUACCGAGGGAAGUGACCCCGAUGGCGGGAAAACUCCUCCGCCUUACAGGAAAAACCGCGCAAAAGAAGUAGUACCAGUGGAAAAGUCGAAGUCGAAGAAAGCAGUCGAAAACCGACCACGGUCUUCAAGUGCCAAUGCGACACCGAAGCCACGAGUGAGUAAAUCAAGAGCGAUAAUGCGACGAAGUAAAUCCCAAUCUCCUGCUCCAAGUAAGAUCAAGAAGGCAUUAAAGAGCAAAUCACCGGCGAAGAAACCGAUGUCCAAAUCACCGGCGAAGAAACCGAAGGCGAAAGCCGCAACGUCUAAGGCUUCACCAGCAGCUACCGGAAAGGCAAAGAAACCAGCUGCCAAGAAGAAGGACAAAACACCAACAAAGAAGCUGUGAAGACGACGAGAAAAAGAUAACCAAGUAAAGUGAUGCUUGAUUUGAUUUCUGCAAAAGACAGGACAACACAAAUAUUUAACAUCCUCUUUUUGAAACUCCUAUCGUAGUAUAUCCCUGAAUAUUUUUCGUUAUUUUUGAUGAUUCCCGAUCUAGAACUGCUGUUCAGUGCAACUGGAAAAAAAAUGAUUUACAUGCUCAUGGGUUGUACAGAGGUUCUUUGCUUUGCACACUUUCUACUGUUAGGGUUGUCGUUUGUGUGGGUAGUCGGUAAUGCAUACGGUUAGCCACCUUUUCACGACUAAUAAUCAUUUUUGAUCAUACUUGAUUUUCGUGGACUUUGAAACCUAAAUAAUAUACAAUUAUGGAAUAUAAGAAACGAAUAUUCAACUCUUUCGUACAGAUCCCAUUUGUCGUUUUAUCUUUAAUCAUGUAGCUUUGAAAGAAAAAUAAGUGAUAAAUAUUGAUUUCCGAUUCCUUUUAAGUUACAGUUUCCACAAUGGGGCUUAUUGUAAUGCAAAUGUGAGCGCAGAAGGGAAUUUUAUAAACAAACACAAAAUCAGUAUUAUCUACAGUUUUUCAUGCGCAUGACUUUGUCACCAAAUGAAGUAGGCCUUUUACGUUUUCCACACGUUUUUCAUACGUUUCCAUGUUGACGGUAUUAUAUAAUCUGGCAAGUUCAAGGUAUUUUAUUUUAAGGUCCAUAUUUCCUAUCGAAUAAUGUUAUUUUAAGAUGGUAUAUGAACAUGUGUUUAUAUCUAUCUUAUCGUUAACGUUAUUAGUAUUACACAACGUUUUGAUAGCCUAAAACAAAUUCUCAAGUUGUGUGUUAGGAUGCAGACCUUUCCCAUUGUCAGAAAGUAGAAAUGAAAUAUUUGUAGGACAUGGCAUAGCGUUGGGACUAUAGAGGGCAGACACUUCUGGACAAAAUGAGGGAAAGAAAUGUUUACGUCAGUAUUCCCCUCCUGCUGUACUUCUUCUCUCGUUCUAUCUCUCUUUAUAUUGUUAUCAUCUCUCGAUAUCAUUCUCUCUCUCUCUCUCUCUCUCUCCCUCUCUCCCUCUUUCUCUCUAUUUCUUUGCCUUUCGAUGGGGGCCACAUGCCCCCUCCCAGGUUCUACGUCACUGUUUGCAAAGACUGCUCUGAGAGUUUCAAUAUUAAGCGUAUUUUGUCUUGUCGAAUUGUCAUUUAUAUUACGAGUGUUCAAAUUUUUAACAAACCAUGUGGGAUGAUUUUUAAAAAUUGUGAUCGUUGCUCUCUGUUACAGUAAUAAAAUGUAUUUAGUUAUAAGUGUUUUUCUGUUUCUAGAACAUUUUGAUGUGGUGUUUAGUCAUUUCUAUAGAUUUUCAUUUAAUUGUGUUCUUUCUAGAUCGUUGUAAUAACUCUGUUUAUGCUGUUCAUUAAAUAUUUUCUUUCUUGCGUUACCGUA